GCACCCGACGAAAUCGCCGAAGAACUUUUUGUGGAACCGAAAGAGGAAGAUCAGACCGACAAUGACACAGACAGUGAUUGGAAAGAAAGUGAUCAGGACACGAAUCGAACGGUGAAAAGACAGAAGCUUGGGUUGAGAUCGAAGCCAAAACCUCGAAAGAGGAUUGUUCAACCGGUGGUUUCAAAUAGAUCUAUUCAAAAAGAGAGUGACUUUUUGCUUAGUGAAAAGGAGCGGGAAUUGUUCACCGUUGUUAAGAUUCCACACGAAAGCCACAUUUGCUGCGGUUGCUUACAAUUUUAUAGCACGGAUGAGGAAUUGGAUGCUCAUCGUAAAUCAUCUCAUGUUUGGAGGAAUGAAAACAUGCGGAAACCUAGUACAAAGCCUAUCUGCGACGGUUGCCUUCGUAGGUACGAUACGCCACGCGGUUUAAAUUUCCAUAAAGAACGUGUCCGGAUGUUGAAGAUCAUUUGGGAAUGCAAGAAGUGUCAGUUUCGCUUCAAAGCAGCGGACAAACGCCGUAAGCAUCUGCGAAUCCAUUCGGAGGACGAACCCGUGGCAAUGAAGGCACGGUUCAAGGAAGAAACCAUGCAAGAAUUUGGCUGGCUCUGUUGUGCUUCAAAAUGCGACGAAUCGUUUAACACCGAACAAGAUUUAAUUGAGCAUUCGCAGGAAACUCACCUGGGCGAUAAGAAAGCAGCGGAUGCGGAGUUCCCCGAUAACCCUGAGCAAUGUCUGAUUUGCUUCAGACGAUAUGGUGACCGGAGACGGCUAAUCAAUCACCAGAGAAGAAAGUACAAACGUAAAAAUUUCCAGUGCGCUCUUUGUGGGUUGAAGUUUGCUACCACCUCGGAGCUGACGACACACGAAGCUAACGAUCACGGAAAUUGGGCGUUCAAGUGUACACUCUGUGACAAGGCGUUCCCCCAGAAGUACAGCUUGAAUAGUCACUUGAAAACUAUGCACACGGAUGAGAAACCCCAUCAGUGCACAGUGUGUGGGAUGACUUUCCGACAGAAGGGUGGAUUGAGGACUCAUAUGUCCAAUCAUGUUGAGGUUCCACAGUUCAAGUGUGAGGUCUGCUCGAAAAUGUUCAAAGCAAAACUGCAUCUGCGGUAUCAUAUGCGAACGCACACAGGCGAGCGUCCGUACAAGUGCCGAUAUUGCGACCAUGCUUUUGCGAACAAUACCAAUUACAGAAGACAUGAAAUGACUCACACUGGAAAUAAACCGCACAAAUGCUCUUAUUGUGGAAAAGGAUUCAUUUUAAGGAGAAUGCUGAUAGAACAUGAGAAAAAUCACACAGGAGAUAUAAGAAUCGAAGAAAAACCAGUGCACAGCACUAAAAAGAAAAGCGAGUUUAUUGUUGAAUUGCUAGAUGAACAGGAUAAUGAUGACGUUGAUGAAGUGGUGGAAUGCAGCAGCGAUGAUGACACUAAUGGUCUGCAAACCUUUUCACUACGUAACAGGCCGGUUUCGAUAAGCCUUGCCAAACCAAAUGUCUCUAAUGUCACACAUCAAAUAGUUACUAAGCCAAUCGGAAAUAUCGUCGCAGCCACAAACAACACCAUCGAUGUCUCAAAAGCACCGGCAGUAGCCGUUUAUAAUGUAGUCCCUGCAACCACAUCAGGUAACUUUAGUUACGUUUUGAAACUUCAAUAAAAUGUAAGAAA